CUGCCACUGGUCUUUGUAUUGUGUCUUUGAUUGAAGUAACCUGGUAACUAUGUUACUUCUACUAGUUCUAGUUUGAUCCUUCAUUUCCUCUUUUACAUGUAAGCUCUCGUCAUCAAAACUGACCAAGUCAAGUGGCCUGCCACUGAUAAUGUUUACCUGCCCAAGGGAUUGCCAAGUACUUGGCUGAGAGUGAGAAUCAACAAACAAUAGCAGCAGUCUUAGACAGCCUCAAAUGGCUCAAAUCUUCAGCAGUGCACAUGUCUGUGGUGUUGCCUUUGGAGUCCUGCUGUCAAGCUUGACUGUCGAGGAGUGAAGGUGUCGGACUUUGCUCGCCUCCCAUUGCUUCAUUAUUUCAUAGCAAUGAGCUCUUCAGUCUUCACUUCACCUAUUUAGAGGCAUCUGUACAAAAGCAGCUGAUUUGGCUGAUACGGUCCAGGAUGUCACGAAGCGCGCACAGCCGCAGCUAUGCCCCCAGUGGCACAGCGGAUACCGAGCUGAACAUUGUGAAUUUCAUGGACAGCGACGUAUCCAACAUUUCAAUUGAAAGCUUCAAGUUUGACAAGACAUUGGCAGCCAAAGCUUACGUAUACCUAGUGAAAGACCCAAAGUGGAGUUUUCGAAUCGGUGUUCUGCGCAUUUGGAUCAAGCUUUUCUCAUGUGUCCUGUAUGUGGUUGGACGUGUUAUUGAAGAUAAUCGAAGGAUAAGCCCGGAAUGUGCUGGCUCUAAUAGAAAUGAAACGUGCGAGUACUUUUGCCCACCUGAUCGAGUGGACCAGUUCAACUGCUCGGAAUGGGAAAACCUACUGUGGCUACACCGGUCUACUGGACUUUGGGUGGCUCAGCUAGCUGUUGGUAUUCUUUGCAUGUUGGAGACGUCUAUUUACCUUUACAUCGGGGCAGUCUUCACGCAUUGGAGAGUGUUCCGUGCUGUCAACCGUUAUCACAUACUGGAUUACUUGAACGGAAUUCCUUUCCUACUCGGUCUAUUCAGUGUCAAUCUACGGAACCUGUUCGUGCCCGUCUUCCUCAAUGUCUGGUCCGCCAAGCUGAUCUUGACUGUUCUUUUGUCGGAUGUUUACCGUGUUCUACGACAAGAGGAAUCACAGCUGGCACACAGAGCAUUUGUUUUAGCUUCCACCGUCAUCUCCAUCCUCUUCACCAGCACUUGCUUCAUCCAUCAUCUUCAACGGGUGGACGUACCGUGGGACUUGUUUGAGAGUUUCUGGUUUGUAAUUGUGACGAUCACAACUGUGGGUUACGGUGACAUUUCACCGAGCAGAUGGCCAGGUCAGCUGUAUGUCAUCAUCAUGAUACUGGCAUCUCUGUACACACUCCCUGUGCAGAUCGAGGCACUGACGGCUAUUCUGCGCAGUCAGCGGGUGUAUGGCACACCGCCUAAGAGAGGCAGUAAUCAUGUGGUUGUGAUAGGACAGCUUAGUCCACAGGAUCUUCAUGACAUGCUGAGUGAGCUGUACGCUUACCAUCGACUGCAGAGCAUGACUGUGGUAAUAUUGUCACCGUCGGAACCAAACAAUGAGCUGAAACUAUUGCUCAAUGUUCCAUUGUAUCGCCGGCGUGUUGUCUACUUGUAUGGCUCAGCAUUGAGUGAUCCUGAUUUGGAACGGGCACAGAUACGGAGCGCCAAUGCAUGCUUCAUUCUCGGCAAUCGACGUACCAAUAAUCACCAAGAAGAGGAUCAGCGUACACUACUCAGGUGCUGGGCAGUACGUGACUAUGCGCCAAGGGUGCGCAUGUUUGUUCAGCUGUUUGAUCGUCGCAACAAGUUCCAUGUCAACUUNGCAGAGCAUGUCAUGUGCUUGGAUGAGAUGAAACAUGCACUGUUGGCAACAAGCUGCGUGUGUCCUGGUGCUUCCACAUUCUUGACUCUACUGCUGCAUACAUCACGGGUGAAGGAAGGAGAUGAAGCAGCCCCAUGGCAUCGCAUGUAUGGACAAUGCUCUGCCAAUGAAGUUUAUGACAUUACGCUGAGCGAAAGUUCUCUGUUCUCUUGAGCGAAAUCUCUGUUCUCUCGUUUCGCUGGCAAGAAUUUCCUUUUCGCAGCUACCUGGGUAUUCCGCAAGUCAGGUUAUUUGCUGAUCGGUGUUCGGUCAUUCGACAGCAAGGAAACAUCGUUGAACCCGGGCAGGGAGUACAUAUUGCGCCCAACAGACAAACUUUUCUACAUUGCUGCCUCUCGUGAGGAGAAUGCCAUUCUGACAGUUCCACCACCACGUGUAAGGCCAGCGCUGCGUUCCAUGUGCGCCACCAUUGCUGCCACCAACCUUCAGUUUCUUCAGUUAUACGGUGGUCGCUUUGAGGGCAAGUGCAAGAAGGAUGAGUGCGCCUUGAAGAAACAGAUGUUGCGGCUUGAGUGUUUUUCCCGGGGCCCAGCACACCUGAGAUUCCAUCCUCGAGCCCCGAACAAGGCCAACUCCAGCAGCUCUAUCAGUCGAACACACACCUCAGUUGAUAUGACUGAUGGUGCUUCAUUGUCUCGCCAUGACGCAGCAGAUAUAGUUCCUUCACCUCAUCCCUACCAGCGCUUGCCUCAUUAUGACCAUUCUCAUUCUCAUCCACCUCAUCGUGACUUUCACGGAACCGAUGCUGUAACGCUGAUGAGGGAGAUGAGAAACAUCCAGGGGGAUCAUGACACAAUGCCAAAUUUCGGACGCCAACCGUCACGCUCUGACAAACUACGUCAUGCAUUUGCACGGCAAGAAUCAGCAGUAUCGACGAAAGAGGCGGAAGACAGGCAGCACUUGAUGCCCACACCUGAAGAUCCCAUGGGUUCAGCGCGGUACGCACAGCGACGCUAUGAGCAACAGCGCCGUAUAUCUGCCUUGACGGCUCAACGGAAUGAAGAUCUUCUGGGCAUUGCACCACCUCUAAACCUGGAAGACCUGACUGAUGAGGCUGGUCCUGGUGAUCAUCCGCUGACAGUUGAUGAACAAGAUGAACUUCAGCAGUUAGAAGUAGGACAUGAGGCAGUGGUGGAAGAUGAGGAAAGUGAAGGUCAUGGUGAAGUGCACAGUGUCGCUUCAGCCUGGGUGUCACCAGAGAGUUAUGUGAUUGGAGAGCCCCGACAUGUGCCAUACAUGCAAGGCAAGCAUCGUACCCGCUGUCACUUGCUCAAUGAGGACAAGUCGUUUUGCUGCCUGGAGCUGAACAAAACAUGUGAACAUCAAGAUCGUAGCAGCCCAGCGAUGUGUCAGUUUGUCGGUGCCAUCAUCGUCGGCUGUGCAGAAGCCGAUGUAUCAUUGUUUUCAUUUGUGACAACAUUGCGGGCACACUACAUUGCUCCGGAGUCUCUCUUGCCCAUCAUACUGCUACUCCGUGAAAGACCAUCAGAGUCGUUCCUGAGACACUUUGCAUGCUUUCCUAAGCUGGCGUUCAUGGUGGGCAGUUACGGCAAACUGGAUGAUCUUCUUCUUGCUGGUAUUCUGAUGGCCAAAGCUGUAAUUGUCCUCGGCUCACGGAAGGAGUCGGAAGAGAUAUUCAUGGUUGAUGCUCAGACAGUAGUCGGUGUGCAAAAGCUUUAUCGGUUUUUCCCAAAGUCCAAUAUCAUCACAUUGCUAGCUCAUCGUAGCAACAUGCGCUUUCUCAACACAAAGAACUUGCAUCGGUUUCCACGUUACACGGAUAAUAACUACGUGGACGGUACUGGCGUAUCCUCACCACAGAAGGUGACAGUGAAGCCGACAACACGUGCUGGUGAUCAUCUUCACUACAUGUUCUGUCCGCAGUUUGCUGCUGGUGAUGUGUUCACAAGUAGUAUGCUGGACACUUUACUCUAUCAGACCUACGUGAAGCCAUGGCUUUUGGACUUUGUACGUCAGCUGAUUGGUGCCAAGCAGAAUGAGAAACACCAGUGUUGCUUGUGUAUGGUUGAAGUCACACCAUAUCUUGCAGGAAUGAAGACGUAUGGCCGGUUGUUGUUACAUCUCUCCUUCAAGACUGGUGAUCUAGUGAUUGGAUUGUAUCGCACUCUAAGUCCUCGCAGUCCAGAGAUAUUGGCAUGUCAGGCCACCUGGAUGAAUGACGUCAAUCGCAUUGUCACAAACAGAAUGACUGCACUUGGUAUUGGUGGUACAGCUCCUGUUAGCGAACCCCGUGGCCAAUCAUAUGUAUUGAUCAACCCGCCACAGGAUACGCCCAUUGUUGUGGGGGACAAGAUGUAUGUUAUCCAUCAUGUUCCCACUGCUCAUAGUGAUGCGUAUCAUACUCCACCAGGAACUCCCACUGAUCACUUUCCUGGAGAGUUUCUUGUACCAGAUUUCGACACGCCCCAUGGUGGUGGUGGCGCUGGUCAGCAUCACCCACAUCAUCCCCAUCAGCAGCAACAUCAUCACCAUCACUACCAUCACUAUCACCACCAUCAUCCAACCAGUAACCUACAACCAGUGGAAGAGAUGGCCAGCUUGGAGCUAGCGUCACCACCAGCAACAACUGUAGGUAACGAAGAGCAGCCAGCUCAGCAUCCGAGAUCAGCCUACGUUGAUAUGCAAUCUGAUGACUUGAACACACCAACUAUCAUUGUAACACCGGACUCACUGACACGCCAGGCUAUCAGUCAAGCGCAGCAACAGCAAAGACAGGAUGGAGCAGCCGCGACAUCUCCAUUUGUGCAGUCUGAUCUGGGUACACGUCGACGUGGUAAUUCUUCACAAUCAAACGACUCGGAGAAUGCCUUCUCUUUCUUGGAGCAUCCACUGCCAGCUCCGAGCAUGUCGGAGGAGUACAGUGGAUAUGCUCCUCUGCACACAAAUGGGUUUGUUAGUAUGGAAGGUGAUCGUGAGGUAUCUGAAUCAGCUGUCUGACAGUUUUGAGCAGUGUUGAUCGAUCGAUUCACGUGGAUUAUAUUUGCUAACCAAAUCUGCAUUUUAUUUGGCGUAUUGAGAGUUUUCAAAUGUCCACUUUUUUAGGUAGACACUUUGUUCAUUUUGUAGACAGGUAGGCUAGAUUUAUUAUUUUAGGGAAUAGGAGGGAGCAGCAUCAUAGUUCGCAGCUAGGCAUUCAUGUUAAACCUGCACUUCAUUUGGCGUAUUGAAAGUUUUCAAUUGUCCACUUUUUACACUCAGAAGUUGUUCAUUAGGGAGCCUACAAGUAUUAUUUUAGGGAAUAGGGAGCAGCAUCAUAGUUCGCAGCUAGGCAUUCAUGUUGACACCUUUUUAUCAGGGUUUCCUUCCACACAGCUGGUCUGUAUACAAACAGAAUUUUGUGUGCAUUUUGUCGCUUGCUAAUUUCCAUAUUCUGUGAAGCAUAAGAAGAUAAUUAUUUUCAUGAAUUUCAGAAAAAAAUGUCCAUGUACAUUAUUAUAAAAGUGAAUUAUUGUGUAAAUUGCCUUA